AUGUAUUCACAAUUCAUCGGACCUCUAGAUACCGCCAUCAAAGCUGUAUGUAAAAAUUAUACAUAUUCUGAAUUUUACGAAAUAGCUGCGCUAUGCAAUGUACUUCGAUGUAAUAUACGAAGUAUUUAUCCAAAAAUUGAUUUUCGAGAAGACAUGGAAAUUCUAAACACCAUCUUCAGACCUACUUCACCUAUUAUUGCCAGUUGUAGUAUCAAUAUUUUCUGGUCUCAUGUCUUAAACGAGAUAGAUGUACGAACCCAAAAUAAUAUGACAUGGAUCCCCAAUCAUUUUGUUCCUCUUAUGUCUCCAUCUGCAUAUGAUGACUCUGAUAAUAUAAGUCAUCAAUCAGUGUUAAAAAUUGUGACUCCUGAAAAAAGAACUUCCAAGAAUAAUGCUUCCAUUCAGAUACGAAUUCCUGAAUUUCAAUCUUCACCCAGUCGACGUCGACGCAGUGAACGCAGCAACGAAACUGGUUUCGCUCAAUCAGCUGCUACGGAUGCAAUACGAGAAGCACAGAAUGGCAUUCAUGAACAACGCCAAAGUGCCAUUGAACAACAAAUAAACCCAAAUCAAGAGAAUCUAGUGAAUGAAACAGCUGAACACCGUCGUAUCCGAUUGGAAAAACAAAAACAGCGGGAUCAAUCGAAUAGAUCCAAUGAAACAAAUGAAAAGCGUAAAAUUCGAUUGGAAAACCAAAACCAACGGACUAAAUCAAAUAGAUUAAAUGAAACAAGUGAAGAGCGUAAAAUUCGAUUGGAAGACAAAAACCAACGGAUUAAAUCUAAUAGAUUAAAUGAAACAGCUGAAGAACGUCAAAUUCGUUUAAAAAAAGUAAAAGAACGGGCUCAAUCUGGUCGUAUGAAUGAAACAGAAGAGCAACGCCAGAUUCGAUUAGAAAAGCAAAGAAAGCGAAGUCAAGCAAAUAGAGCUAAAAAACUAGUUGAAAAAUCGACAUCUAAUAAACUAAAUACACAACAACAAAGCUCUUCUAAUCAGUUGAACGCAGCUGAACCCAAUGCACCAUGUGACACUCAAGGUAUGCAUGAUUUCACAAACAACGAAGAUAUCACAAAGAAAAAGAAAACUUCUAUUUCCUCGCUCUGGCCGGAAUCCAUCUCCCGUAAACUUAAAGAGGACUGUUUGCAGAAAUUUCUUCAAAAAAUGACCAUGUCAGCUUUGUCUGAAGCUACUUGUGCCAUUGAACCAGUCAUGUUAUCAAUUCAAUUCAAUCCUAAUCAAAUGUUCGAUGAGAGAAAAUAUUUGGUAGAUGCAGUGGCUAAAACAUAUCUUAGAAAGGCCAUAUAUGAUGUACAACAUCUUAUUCCCGUAAAAGUCGUUGGCGAUGGAAAUUGUUUAUAUAAUUCAAUCCUUCUUCUAAUGAACAAUUCAAUGAUAACAACAAGUGAAUUACGAGUUCGAACAGUUAUUGAACUUGUAGCAAACGGAGCGUAUUAUACCAGAAUGUAUUCACAAUUCAUCGGACCUCUAGAUAUCGCCAUCAAAGCUGUAUGCAAAAAUUAUACAUAUUCUGAAUUGUACGAAAUAGCUGCACUAUGCAAUGUACUUCGAUGUAAUAUACGAAGUAUUUAUCCAAGAAUUGAUUUUCGAGAAGAUAUGGAAAUUCUAAAUAACAUCUUCAGACCUACUUCACCUAUUAUUGCCAAUUGUAGUAUCACGAUUUUCUGGUCUCAUGUCUUAAACGAGAUAGAUGUACGAACGCAAAAUAAUAUGGGAUGGAAUCCCAAUCACUUUGUUCCUCUUAUGUCCCCACCUGCAUUUGAUGACUCGGAUAAUAUAAGUCAUCAAUCAGUGUCAAAAAUUGUGACUCCUGAAAAAAGAACUUCCAAGAAUAAUGCUUCCAUUCAGAUACGAAUUCCUGAAUUUCAAUCUUCACCCAGUCGACGUCGACGCAGUGAACACAGCAACGAAACUGGUUUCGCUCAAUCAACUGCCACGGAUGCAAUACGAGAAGCACAGAAUGGCAUCCAUGAACAACGCCAAAGUGCCAUGGAACAACAAAUAAAACCAGAUACUUCAGCUUGUAAUUCAUCAUAUGUUCAAUAUGACAACGGUAUUGUCUUAUAUGUGAAUGAUUUGUUCCACCAAAAUACAGUAAAGAUGUGUACAAUUGGCCAAAAAUGUCACGACUCUCUAUCAAAAGGAAACAUUCCUAAGUUUUCACCUGCUAAUAAUAUGUGGUUAGGCGGCAUACCUCCUGAAUUACAAGGACUAACAAUUCCAGAAGUAAAGCUAAUUUCACUUUAUCGUCAUAAUAGCUGUGUGAUAAAACGUUAUUCACUAUUUCACUCAACUACAACUGCUCAAGCAACAUUGAAAGGCAAUUGUAUUACUUUUCUUCAAAGUUUACCGAAUAUCGUUAGCAGUUUACCACUGAAACUUGUUGAUUUGUGUGAUACAUUAAAAGUGAUUUUUGUUGGUGCACAUCCUCCUGAACGUGUCCAUCUCAAGAAGAUCUUAACAAUAAAUCUUCAUAACAUUAAUCAAUUACCUGAAGAUGACGUACCAGAAUCCAUCAUGUUAACGAUGGAAAAGAAGAUCACUGAUGAAAAAAUUCCCUCUGAAAGAGUCGAAUAUGUUCCUGAUCCAUUAGCUGAUCCGAUGGAAUCUACAAAUUCAGAAACCAUCCCUAUUAGCAAUGGUGGUGUUCUCGACGUGAAUGGAUUCACUAUAUCCUCAGACGAAAUUAAAAAUUAUGUUUUACGCAAAAUUAAAAAUGAUAAAGCAACCGAACAGAUGAAUAUCGAAAGUAUUUACGUAAUUCCUCAUUCAUCGAAACCUGUUAAUGAAUAUUUUAAUCCAAAAUUACUACUAGGGCUGUAUCCAACUCUAUUCUGUUAUGGAUAUGGAUCACCGGAAGAUAAAUCGCGUCCAGUUGAAAUAAAAUUACGAGAACACAUACAUGUGCUCGACAAUGAUAUAUAUGAUGAUGAAACUAUUGAUAAUGAUAACAACGACGAAGAACACUUUCAAAUUCAAUCAGCUGAAUACGACAAAAAAUAUGUACUCGUUAACACACGAAUUGAUUAUCAAUAUCGUUCCGAUAAUCUCAACAGAAUGUGCUUAUAUGACUUUGUUGGCAUAUUCUAUAAGAAAAAAAUGAAUUCUAGAGAUCUGAAAUAUUUAUUCAAGAUAGCUGGAUCAAUAGAAGAAAAAAUUAACCAAAAAGGUCGACCACCUAAUGAACGAUUUCUUUUUCAAAAACAGCAUCCUCAGGCUACAACAUAUUUAAUGAUGAAGUACAGUGAAUCUCAUGUGCCUGUUCUCUAUGGUCCUCAUAUGCCUCGACGAGAUCGUGAUGAUACUCGAGAACGAUAUUGUCGGGCUAUUCUCACACUUUUCGUACCCUGGCAUACUGUGACUGAUCUUUGUGGCAUCAGCCAGACGUGGGAAGAUGCAUUUAAAUUUCGACAACAUCUUAUUUUGAGACAUUUGUGGACGAUAAUAGAAAACAUUCAACUUUUGCAUGAAUGCAAAAAGGACCGCGAUGAUCAUUUACUUCAAGUUAUCGCCGAAGCACAAGCCGACAAUGAUUCAAUCGAUCCUGUACUAAUCAGAGAUGAGCACAGGACAGGACGGUCCUGGUGUCCUGGUGUCCUGUCCUGUCCUGUCCUGUAG